AUGUCUCUCGCGAAUGCAGCGCUAAGUUGGAUCAUGGGACUGGUCUUUGCCGCCAGCGUGGUCCUAUUUCUUGCCGUUCAUCAUCGACGCCGGCAGCGCCGCGUCCAAUAUUUCAGCAAUCCUGGCAAUCGCAGCGCCGUUCUCAAUCGCGAGUUCUUGCUGGCCGCCAGCCGUCUCGAUGCGACUGGCGUGACCGAGCUGGCAAAUUUGGGCGCAGAUCCGCAGGCCACCACACAAACCUACGGCGACGGCAUGUAUCAUCUGGCCCUGCAUGCCAUGGCCUUGAUCGGUGAGCCACGAAUCGAGAUCUUACAGGCCCUUCGCGAUGCCGGCUGCAACCCUGACCAGCGCGAUGGCUGUGGCCGCACGGCCAGUGCAUUGGCCGAGUGUUUGUUCCUAGAGGGCCUACCAGAAGAUCUGAUCACCCCACCACGCCACUGCGAUCCUGCCUUUAUGACGCCCCAGCCACAUACGGCCGUCUCCUACUCGACACAGGACCACAAAACCGUCAAGAUGGCCGGCAUCAGCGUUCCCAUCAAGAUCAUGCACGAAGGCGAGGGCCAUGUCGUGACCAUUGAGCUGAAGAAUGGCGAAAUUUACCGUGGCAAGCUUGUGGAGGCUGAGGAUAACAUGAACUCGCAGCUCCGGGAUGUGACCUUUACGGCCCGCGAUGGCCAGGUGGCACACGUCGAGUCGGUCUACAUUCGUGGUAGCAAAAUUAGGUUUUUCGUUCUGCCCGACAUGCUCAAGAACGCCCCCAUGUUCAAGCGGGCGUCGGCCAAGGGCAUGACUGCUGGCCGCGGCAAGACGGCCAUUCUCCGCGCGCAAGCACUCGGCAAACUUUGGGCUGCACAUGCACAAAGCUCAUGCUCGUUUCUCGUGGUGGAUGCCUACCUUGUUCGCUCGGCUCGUUUUGCAGCGGCGGCCAAGGCAGCAAGCCGGGGUCGUGGUGCCGGUCGCGGUCAUCAAUACCGAUAA